AGGUCAGAGGGAUGUGGUUUCCGGGCAGCUCUGAGCCCCGGUACCUCUUUUUUUAUUAUUUGGAAAUUAACCGCCGGCAGAAGCUCAAGCAGAACAGCCCGCAGCAGCAGCCGCCCUGGCGAAAGUUGCAUUUUCAGAACCACUAGACACAGAUGAGCGUUGCACCCUUUAGCCACCCUGCCGUGAUUUGUGUUUAGUGCAUGCUGCCGGGCAGAACUUAAUUUCAGCCAGGGCUCACCAAAGGUAUAGUUGCCUCGUCCUGAGCUGCUGCAAUGUUCUGGGUACCUGGUUGCACCUGCUCCUCUACCCGGGUUUGCUUUGUGCAGUCGUAGACCGUAGAAGUGAGCAGCGCAUCAGCUGCCGGGCGAAGAGUUCUGCAUAACCUGGAAACUUACUGGAUGGAGAAAUGACUUCUCCCGGGAGCGAGGUGGGGGGUGGGGAGGUGGAAACCACCUGUCCCUUAUUUACCGGCGUUACUACCUGCCGCUUUUAAAAAGUGCUCCCUUGCUUCUCUUUGACUAGAUAGGAUAGCGGGGUGGGGAGACAGAGAGAGUCUAGUCCAGACCACUUAAAAUCUGGUUAGAAUGAGAUCUUGCGGGAAGGAACGUUAAUUUAUUUCGGCUGUCAAGGGAGGGUUUAGAAAUGCUCCUUAAUAGCCUGUUUUAUGACCCUGCGGGAGCAAUGGGAGGAGUUAAGGGCGCUCACCAGUAACGCUGGCAAGAAAGCGGCUUCAGUUAAGUCAUUAAAUAAAUAUGCCCGCAAUCCUAUGCACGCUUCUUUGGGACCAAGCCCUACUAAACCGGUCGCCUAGGUCUGUGCAGCCUGAUCCUGCGCCCGCUUGCUCGGAAGUAAAUCAGAUUCGGGUUCAUUGAGACUUGCUCCCAGGCAGAUAUGUUUAGGCUGUAGCCUUAAUAAGGUGUGAAGACUAGGUAGCUACAUCUAUGUGUUCUGUAGAGUGAACACCAUGCACUUUUUCUUUGGUUUAGCAUUUUGAUAAACUGAGGCUGCAAUCCUAUUCUUACUAGGGAGUAAGGUCCACUGAACACGGUGGGGUUUCCUGCUGAGUCAACGUGCAUAGGAUUGCUUGUGAGCUUUGGACUGGAAGUUUCUGCAGGGACAGGGUGUUCCAGUGCAAUAGUACUGAAGGGGUUGGAAGAAUUGCACCUGCCAAAAUGUCCUUUUCUACAAUUAAUACAUGUGCAGAGCUCACCUAAAGUGUGGAGAAUUAUUUAUUGAUUCACAGCAUGGCAAUCAUUUACUGUAUCUUCCGUUUUGAAAUCUGGACUGGGCAUUGUAAAGCAAGUCAUGCUGUUUACUGGCGGGGGGGGGGGCAGGUAGAUGUAAGGAAAUGAGGUAAGGAGAAAGGGGGUUGGAGAUUUUGCACCCUGCCUUGUUAUAAACUGCAUGCAAAGUGUUUUAGAAUUUCGUGUUUCUUUUUGUGAUAUUAGCUAAAGCUGCAAUCUGUAACUGAUUAACUAACGGCAGUUUAAUCAGCUGCAAAGGCAUCCCUGAUAAAUAGGGGUAAGAUAUUAAAUGGUGGGCUUUCCCCCUUCACACCCAUACAGAAGUUAAUCCCUCUUCUAAAAUGUCACAUGCAAACAAAGGAAGAAUACUUUCCCCCUCCAAAACUACUGUUUUAUUCAUAUGCAAAUCAAACAAUCAAUUAAAACUCAUUCAGCCAUAAUGCAAUGUAACUCAAAUAUUGUUCCUUUUUUCCAGAGGGAAUAUAUUUCAAACAGUUAUAGAAACAUAGAAUUGUAGAGUUGAAAGGGACCCCGAGGGUCAUCUAGUCCAACCCCCUGCAAUGCAGGAAUCUCAACUAAAGGAUCCAUGACAGAUGACCAUUCAACCUCUGCUUCUAAACCUCCAAAACAGGAGUCCACCACCUUCAAAUGGAGUCUGUUCCACAGCUGAACAGCUCUUACCAUCAGAAAGUUUAAAAUGUUACCUAUUUGUAAAUAAAGCCUCCCUCUUGAUGCAUCUGAUUAACCCACCAGUCAUAGUCACAUUCAGAGCUUAAACCAGGCUUUAAAUUUGGAACCUGGAAAUCAUACUUAUGCUAUGCUGAGGUAAUUUAGUACUUAUUAUUACUGAAAAAAAUUAUAGAGGGUGCCUCUGAACAUGUGCAAAGUGCCUUUUCCUGAGCAUUAGGGCAGCCACCAUCUGGCAGGCAUUCGUUGUCUUUCAACAGCUGCAUAAGGGGCAGAAACUUGGCAGAAUAAACUUUUGCCUAUCAGCCUCUUCCCCUGGCUCUGAAUUGCUGCACCUGUUCAAUUGCUUCCUGUCAUGUAGUUGUUAAGAGCACUGGAGCCCAGAGGGAAAAAGGCACAGCUGACUUCAACGAGUGGAGGGAAAGGUUUCUUGGAAUCUUGGAAGCUCCAGCACUUUAUGCAGCAUCCAUCAUUGAGGAGCUCUCACAAGCCAGUCCAGUGUGCAGCUUCUCAGGUGUUUUGCUGAACUCAAUUAGGCUGUCACUAGGACCUGGGUUUCCUCAAGUGGCAGGAUGAGCUGGUGGUAGAGUCUAGAGAUGGUGGGGUGGGUUACACCACUUCAGACCAAAGGUGGGGACAUUUUUGUUGGCUCUCCCACUGCCAAGCUUCCUGCAGAUAAAACAAAAAAAAACUUAGCAAUUUAAGGAGCCGAUCUCGGACCAUUUCCUACUGCGUCAACGUCCCUGGUGUCUGUGGGUUGUUGUUGUUUUGACCUUUUAAAUUUCUUACUAUUUGAGGUGCAAAUGUUGCCCAUUCCCACAAUCACAAAUGAUACUGCCCUUUCUAAUGACCAACGAUUCCCCCACCUCAUUCUGCUGCAUGUGGGGAGUCCCAUCUCCUUCCCAGGUGUAUUUGGAAUGAGCAGCUCUCCCCUGUAAAUCCCAAAAUGGGUGGUUAAAGCCUGCCAUUUCCCUCACCCUUUGAUUAGGUGCUUAUGUGCAAGGGGGGGAGGGGGAAUUGUGUUUUUUUAAAAUCUGUGUUAAACCUGUGGAACCAGAGUCUGGUAUUAAUACUCAGGUUUAAUUAUGUGAAGGGGAAGGAUGCGUUGUUGUGUAUGUGGUAACAAUACUCCCUCUUUUUAAAAGGGAAUGUUUCAGGUAUUUCACAGCUGCAUGACCAACAGGAGUCAACUGGUAAAGCUUUUACUAUCUCAGCCUCUCCCAAUAGCAGGAAAGUGCUUCUAAUGUGGUUGUUAAAAGGCGCAGAAUUUCUCUUUUUCUGUAGUUAAGUGAUAAUGUUCUUAAGAAUGUGCUAAUCCCUGCACAUAGAUGGCUAAAAAAGACCAAAACACUUUAGGCCUGCCUAGAGGCUUAAACAACUUUUAAAAAAGUAUAAACUCUGGUAUGCAUGUGGCCAUAGAAACUAAGCACUGUGGGCAGAUAACAAUGCGCAUGUAUUUGUGAAGGUGAUUAUUGUGCAUGGGUGGGGGCAGAAUCCUGGAAAAGAAAGGAGCCCGGCAGUCCAGCUAAGUUGAUGGCCUUCUUUUGUGAAGCCAAUGCUCUCUCCUGGGCUGGCCUUUUGUCUGCAAUGCUCGGCCAAUUGCAUACAUUCUUAACAGUGCUCUACUGUUUGUGGGAAAUACAAAGUGGUCUGUGACCACAUGGGUGCAAUGAGGCCUAGUCAGUUGCACAGCCCAUUUGAUCUGAGCAUGCUCAGGGUGGGUGGGUAGGGGGAGGGUGAAGAGGAGCGGUGCCAUCCAUUCCAGAAAGCAAUGGGAAUUGCAAAGGCAAGAAGUGGGUGUAAGGCAUUGACUAUCAGAGGCAGCUGUGGAGAACACUUGGGUGGACUUGGAAGGGUGAAAGCUGAUGUUCGCUGGACUUCUUGGUUGGCAAGAAGCACCACUGUACGUGAGAAAUCAGACCAGUAAGAUCUACCCACUCCCCCCUCAAAAAACACCCUGUGUUUAAUUUUUCUGUCCUUUCCUGACUUCAUCCUGCUUUACUUCUCUUGUUUGAUUUUAUUGCAGUGGUUUUUGAACAGGGCAUAGUAGGAUUGCCAUAUAUAUAUAUAUAUAUAUAUAUAUAUAUAUACACAGUAUAUGUUGGUCUAACAAGUGUAUCAGUUAUCAGUUAAUACAUUUGCAGGUGAACAAAUGUGUGUGGGCAAGGGGAAAGACUACGUGUUCCCAGAUUUCUCUGGUGUAAAAAAAGUAAUAGGUUUGCCUUUUGCCUUCUCUUGAUGGAGUUAUGCUCCCCAUGAAGGAGCGGGUAUGCAGCUUGGGGGUACUUCUGGAUUAGGGUUACCAGAUGUCCCCGGUUCCUGGGGACAGUCCCCAGAUUUGCCAAUCUGUCCCCGGGAAAUGUGGCAGCAGCAGCCCAGAGCCAACCUGAUAGUGCAGUUGGCACUGGCAGGCUUCAGGAGCUGCUUGCUGCCAUGGAGCCUGCCAUUUUUCCUCGCCAGAAGUCCCCGUAUGAUGCGUUGCGCACAGACACAUCAUAUGGGGACUUCCAGGAGGCAAACUGGUGGGCGCCACAGAGGCAAACAGCUCCUGAAGCCAGCCAGAGCCAACUGCUCUAUCAGGCUGGCUUCAGGCUCCUGACUGCCGCUGCUGCUGCCACUGCUGAAGGGGAACCAGGGACGUCCGGCGGUACAGAUCUCCUGCCCCCUUCCCCCUUUGUUUUGACUGAUCGGGGAAGGCUUGGGAGUUGCGGGCGGGUGGCCGUUGCCCGGUUUUUUAAAAACUCUGCGCAUUUAUGUUUCACAGUGUGCAAAAGAAGGGAUUUGCACCUUUAUACAAUAUGCAUGUGUGCUUGGACCCAGAAUCUUUUGCCUCACCAUCCCCACUACUGACUUCUUGUUGCUAAAAAAAAAAGUCCCCGGAUUUAUUGAAAAAAAUAUGGUAACUAUAUUCUGGAUCCCUUGCUGUUGCUUGAGGCUCAGAUGGCCUCAGUGGCACAGUGUGCCUUCCAUCAACUUCAGCUGGUAGCCCAGCUGCACCCCUGUCUGGACAAGGAUAGCCUAACUAAGGUUGUCUACACUCUGGUAACUCUAGGAUAGAUUGCUGCAAUGCGUUAUAUGUAGGGCUGCCUCUGAAGACAGUUUUAAAUGUAACCAAGCCAGCUUUUUGAUUAUUAUUAUUCAGAAGGAGCCAAAAUGUGUGCUUGUUUAUUUUACAAAACGAAUACUGCUUGACUGUAGUAAAGCCUCUAAGAGGUUUAUAAGAAAUGUGUUGCUUGUUUUCAAAUACCACUGUUACACACCCUUUUCAGAAGACAGAAUCAGAUUGUUUUUGCUUGUUUGUUUUGCCUGAACUUUCUGUGCCUUCAUUCUAGCUAAUAUAGAAAUCUCUUUCACAAGACUAGCAAACUGGUAGAUUUUUAGAGCCCUUGUUGACCUAUGGAUUGAUUGAAGCCUGCUGCCUUGUUAAUAAUGUUGCUGAAAUUACAAUUUAAAUGGUUCUAAUUCUUAUCAUUUUUGUGUGAUUAUCACCCCUCCAGGUUGGCAUCAAGACAGCCAUAGGAGCUUUCCACAGCUGAUAGGCUCUCCCAGUGGCAAAUUGGGUGUUGGAAACCCUAGUGAAAGGCCACAUAAACUCAGAAACCGAUUCAAAAAUGAGGAGGAAAAUGGCAGCCAAGCGGAAUAUGGUAGCUCAGUAUCUCCAGUGUCCGGCACCACUGGAGCAAAGAGUGCAGCCAUCGGUGAAAAUGGAGAAGGAGCCAGACCCAAUGGGUUCUGACGCACUGGGGAUAUCAGAGGGUUCAGUAAAAACCUACCGUAUUGUGCAGGUUGGGACAGCUGGAGGCGGCCUAAGGCUGAUAACACCUCAGCAGACCAGGAGCGAACGGCUGGAAACACCCCAGCGGUGGGAGAUUCAGGGGCAACAGGAAUUGCCAACCCCAGAUCUCACGCCAGUUCAGUCACCGGCAUGGAGGAACCUGCAAGUGCCAGAACUCACAUUGACAGAAGACGUUGAGACCUACCUGGCUACCUUUGAGGACGUAGCUGAGGCCUGCAAGUGGCCGAAGGAACAGUGGGUGACGCGGCUCAUGCCCGCCCUCAAUGGAGCCGCGCUGCAGGCCUACAAUAACUUGGAUCCCAGAGAGAGCGGGGAUUAUGGGAAAGUGAAGGCCGCCAUCUUGCGAGAGGAUGCCGUCAGUCUGGAGAGGCAGCGCCAGAACUUCAGGCACUUCCGCUACCAGGAGGCCGAGGGCCCUCGCGAGGUCUGCACCCGCCUGCGGGGGCUCUGCCACCGCUGGCUGGAGCCAGAAAGCCGCACCAAGGAGCAGAUUGUGGAGCUGUUGGUCCUGGAGCAGUUCCUGACCAUCCUGCCAGAGGAAAUGCAGGACUGGGUUCAGGAAUAUCGCCCCAAGACCUGCGUUCAGGCCGUGACCCUGGCAGAGCAUUUCCUGCUGAAGCAGCAGGAAGGCGAGAGGUGGGAUCAGCAGGUGAGAACUUUUUGUAGUAGUAACUGGAAGUUUUAGGAAGCUGAGGAAGUUUUAGAUCAUGUUGCUGAGGUCUACCACAAGAUAGAAAUGCUUGCACAGAACCCUGGGGAAUAUCAAUUUUAUAUUUAUUAAAAAGCUUUUCUUUGCCAUUUGUACACAAGAAUGCAUAUAAAACCCUAAGAGUAUGUUCAAAGAGCCAGUGGUUGCUAUGUGUGUGCUGAUGUGCCAUGCUCUGAAGGCUAUAAACUCUGCCUUUUCUUUUGAGCUUGUAAUAUUUCAUCCAGUAUUGGACAAAUCUCGCAAGGCUUAAGCAUAGUUUUUUUUUAAAAAACAAAACAAAACACUAUAAGCUGAUUCAUGAGUCUAAAUUUUUCACUUGGUAUGUACUGCAUGCUCACAGUCCCAGAAUACACACCAAGAUAACAGAAUGUACAUAACUGAGGUGGUGCAGUCCUCACAGACAGAGGGGCUAUACCACUACAAGUUGCACAUACAGAGAGAUUUGUGUGAUAGAUGUGGAAAUCAUGUCCCGUUUGGAAACUAUAUUCACAGGAAGAGGUGGAGGAGGUUUGUUUCGUUUUAACUUUUCUGUACACUGUGGUUAAUAGUGGCUUGCAAACAAAAUGGCUAACAUCAACGUAGCAACUUCAUUUUGUUAAAUGUGAAGUCCUUCGCUAAACUGAUUCGUUUCUCUGUUGUUAACAAUGAGACAGCAGUCCAGGUGAGGAAGCAACAGGAGCCAUGCCUUAACUCCUGCACUGUUAAUCCAAGCCUCCCCCUUCAUUGUGCACAUUUGAAUGAGCCCUGAAUCAGACCUCUGCUCACCUAGUCGAGUACACAUGCACAUUCUCUCUCUUCCCCAACUGAAUGCUGUUUUCCAGACAGAGCUCUUUCCUUGCUUGCCUUCCAAUCUGUGCUCCUUUUAAAGUGAUGGCUCCGGGGACUGAACCUGUAGCCUUUAUCUUUUUUUAACUGACUUCUCCAAUUCUACAGUGGUAUGAUUUUAUGAACAUACCCCUCUCUGGCUUGAAUGGGGUCCUUGCUGUUUUUUCAGGUGCUGGGGCCUUUUGUACUCGAGGAGGCUGUGAGCUUCCCAGAAACUGAUCAAGUGCCCUUGGACACCAGGCAGACGAUGCUUUGCAGAGAUGCCAAGGAGGAGGUGAACGAAAAUGCCACUUCAUUGGGUAAGGAUUUUGCGAUAGCAUUCUAGUACAGGUGAGAGUAUUAACGGGUUGCUCUCCUUUAUUGUUUCUCUCUCUCUCUCUCUCUCUCUCUCUCUCUCUCUCCCCACACACACACACACUUGGAGUAUUUUUUCCCUUUCUUUCUGGGUUCUCAGCUCUGGGAUUAUUAACUAGUCCCCUCAUAUUUAGGAAGAGAGGCGAAGCAAUAAGUUUUGGAUCAGAUUGCAUGCCUUCCAGCAGCAACCCUUCAGUUUUUGGCACCCCUCUCUUACACACACCACAUUCUUUCCAGCAGCGAAAUUAUCAAGCGUUUCUACUAGUCUGAUAGAUUGCUUAAAAUGGGAAUUUUUCUUUCCAUCCAGCAGGUGAAGAGAUCCAGACCAAAAACGAGGGGGGUUUUCUAAUACAGGAAAGCAUAAAGAAGCAGAGAAGCCGGAUGCUCCCCACCUUGCAGCCAGCCCAGUUUGCCUGCCAGAACGUCGACGGCCAGCAGCCUGCGAGUAAGCAAGACGCGCUUUUCCCGUGCCCCGAGUGCGGGAAGAACUUCUCUCGCAAAUCCACCCUCACUAGGCACCGGAGGGUCCACACUGGGGUCAAGCCCCACCAGUGCACCGAAUGCGGGAAAAGGUUCCUGCACAAAUUCAACCUGGUGAACCACAUGAGAACCCACCUGCGGGAGGAAGCGAGCCGCUGUUCACUUUGCGGGAAGAACGCAAAGUGGAAUUCGGGCCAGGGGGGCCACGACAGGAAGGCCGGGUGUUGCGAAUGCGCAGAAAGUUUCGGGCUGCAGUUCAGUGCAGAGCAGAGCAUGCAGGAGAGAGAAGAGCCCUUCAGCUGACUUGAAGGCAAAGGCGGGAAUUGUAGCUGACUUGAAUGUAGAGAUUUUUUUUUAGGAAAUACUCUAAACCUAGGGGAUCUUUUUUAUUUUUAUUUUCGUCCUGGAACUCUUUAGAAGCAGGAACUGCCUUCUGAUGACGAGGUGGUUACCUUUAACAUAAUCGAAGCAAAGAAUGCCUUCAGCAGCUCAGAUGGGUUGUAUGUUUGUUUGUUUUCCUUUGGAUGUUUGUCAGUUUAUGGAGGGGGAGUGGGGUGGAAGAAGGCAAAGAAGCCACAACCUGCAUUUACAGUGGGAAAUCUUUGCUCCUCCUAAUGCCAUUGUGAAAGAGAGUGAAAGAUGGACAAGGAUCCCUGUUGUGUCAGUUGCACAGGACCUACAUGCAGAACUAGUAAAAACUACACACAAACGCAAUGUGAUUGAACAGCAUCUUAUCCACACACACACUUUUCAGCUGACAGAAUAGCUGUCUGAAUAUUGAAAUCUGAGCAGUGAAAAGAUAAGCUUCACGCUCAAAACUUAUUAUCAUAAAUAGGAAUGCAAGCUCAAAGUAUCUGUAUUGGAUGACCUGGAAAGCCAUGUGGAUGGGUGCCAACCAAUCAUAUUUUGGCUAAGAAAUGACAUAGUCAGAAUUCUGUUAGUUUGGAGCAAACUCCUGGUAAUGUGUCACCUCAAAGGCCUUCAAACCACUUCCUCCUUCAUGGUGGUCUUUAACAAAACAUGCUCACUAUUGCAAUAUGGAGGAGAUCUGUUCUACUGACAUUCAACUUUUCUUUGUGUUUCUUUUUUCAUAGCCUCUCAAUUUAGAAGUGGAGCAAUUCAUAAAGAAUAUUUGUUGUCCAUUCAAACUUCUCCUUUUACAGUUUGUGGCAGGAGAUCUCCCUCUUAAACUAGUUUUCUCCCCACCCAAUUAAUUUACUUUUACUUCUUCUUUUCUACUUUUAAGAAUUAAGAGAGUCUCCAUAGUUUCACAUGCCCAAGGGGGACCUUGGACUCGUGUUUUUUUCCUCAAAUAACAGCUUUCCAUACCACUAAAGCAUUUCAAAAGUAGUUUGUGAUAAGAAAUGGGAGGUCUGGUAUUCAAAAGGGUGGGGGGAGUUUUUAAAAAUCCUACUGCGUAUGGCUAACGUAGCUUUUGGAACUCUGCCUCUGUUUAUUUGUACAAGCCUGUCAAAACACGUUUCAGUAUUUCAAGCCUUUCUAACACUACCAGUUUUAACCCCUGUAACACUGUUGAUACACCAAAAUUGCAUGUUUGGAAACCUGCAAUGGUUAUAGCUGCAUAUGUAAAUUUUAGGGUUUUUUAAAAAAAAGAGAAAGAAAAAAAGGAAUUGUUUUCGUAAAAAAUUUUUAUUAAAGCUUUAUUUUUGUGUAGUUUGCACAUUAAAAAAAGUUUAAUGUUG